AUGAUUAAUUUUCAACCUGUUACGAAGACACCUGUUGAUCAUGGAAACACGGAACUUCAAUCGUACAGACGAUCGAGAUAUUAUCGGCGUGGUUAUAAUAAAAAACCAGACGAGGAUGUUCCAGACUACAUGAACGAUCACGAUGAUAACGACGAUCAUCGUCAUGACCAUGAUCAGGAUGAAAACGAUGAUCACGGCGAUAUGAAAGCUAUAAGUCAACCGAAAGUCGAUUAUUGGGCCGGUUACUAUGAUUUUCUUAUAAACGAGGGAAGCUACAAAUUUUGGGCCGUAUUUCAACUUGCCACAGCAGCUUUGUUAAUUUACAGCGGAUUUGCAGCAUUGUAUUACGCGAAAGUAAAUCCUCCUACGACAGAUGAAGAUUACGACGACAUAUUUCGUCGAAGACGAAGGAAACGUUACGUUCUUUCACCCUUUGCUUUGGAUAAACCCUUUUCUGGAUUAGACGAUGUUACCUUUCAAAGGAUACUCGAUGCUGUUGCAAGAGAAAUUCAUUGA